AUGACAGCGCCAGCGGUGGGCCAUCGGCCUCCUGAUGCUGGUCCCAGCAUGUCCUCCGUCUACGAUUACGGUCCUUCUCAACAUCCUGAUCAUUCUCCUCCCUCCCCGCCCAGCGACUCCGCAAUCCGCGCUCUGCACGAUUCUGCCCACCCCGACGACGCCCCUGCCAAUGUCAAUGGCUCCUCCUCCUUCUCCUCCCCCCUGCCCGCCACGAUGCCCGUCAAAUCGGAGCCGGAGGAUUCCAACUUCUCUGCCCCUGCCUCUGCCUCUGCCUCCGACCUCCUGCCCGAUGCCAAUCCCAACGUUCGUCGUCAGUCCGCCGCCAGUGCCCUCUUAGCCCAACUGCUCGGCAACCAAUCCUCUGCGCCGUCCGACCCUGCUGGUCCAGAUCAGCCCGUGCCGCCGCCGGCGGACCCAGAAACAGACUACCACCACCACCACUCUUUACUACCCUCGGACCAUCGCCUCCCCGAUCUCCCCUCGCAACAUCAACAACAACCACCACCACCCCCCGGUCCGGACGAUGGGAUGAAUGGCCACGACUGGUCCGCAGAACCUCCGGCUGAGUCUUUGGCGGCCCCCGUCGGCUCUUCCGGUGGCCAGGAUCAGAAUCCGGUCUCCCUCGGGGGUUUGCUGCCGCCGUUCCAGCCGGAGGAGAAAAUUUCGGACGAGGCCUCUGCGAUGGCUUUUUCGCACCCCGACCUCGACGAUGCCCUACCCGCCAAGUCCGCCGAUCCGAUCGAGGGCCUGACCGAUCCUUUGCUGUUGUCCAAGUCCGGGCUCGACCAUUCCGACCUGUUUCCGCCCUUCGAUAUCACCGCCGCUCCGAAGACCCCCUUCGAGGCAUUGCACCAGAAUGAGAUGCUGACGGCCGCUUACCUAUCCCAGAGUACGGAUCUCUCCGCCCUGGACUACUCGGGCUCCGGUCUCCAUCAGGAUGGAAGUGGUUCGAUCGCCGGGUCGGAGCCCCGGAUACAGGCUUUCGCGAAAUUGGAAUUCGACGACGGUCACUUCUACUGUAACACAUAUUCCUUCAUCCUGGGUCGAGACGUACGAGCGGCCCGGGCUGCUCACGAACGGGAAUUGCACGCCCGUCAGGCCGUGAGGACAUCUCGCGCGAAAAGUUCGAGCGGUGGCAACACGUCGCAUACCCCCGUCCGAGUCAAACACGAAGGCAGCGGAAUUUUAGGGAGCGUCGUCAGCGACCGUGGUGGAAUCCUAGGCUUCGAUCCCGACGUUCCGCCCCAUCUCCCGCGAAUGAGUCGCCGGUCGUCCAAUUCGUCCCAUGCCGAGUCGGGCGCGCCGCUGCACGCAACGCCCGCCCAGCUGCAGUCUACCACCGACUACAAUGCCCUGGCUAUGCAAUCGCUACAUGACGGCAACGGGGAUGCGAAACCGGUUGACACCCUCGCCUUGCUCCCUUCUCCCGAUGCUUGUCCUACAAUUCCUAUUCACCCUCCGGCGACGGCCGAUGGCACGGCCGCCGGUCAUCGAGGGAUUUCACGGAAACAUGUCAAAAUUGCAUAUAACUUUGAGGGAAAUUUCUUCGAGAUGGAAGUGAUGGGGAGAAACGGUGCCUUUAUCGGGGCUGAUUGGCUAUCACCAGGUCAGCUCCGACCUUUACACAGUGGCGAUUACAUCCAAAUCGGCGGCGUACGCAUCCGCUUCUUGCUACCAGACGUCCCGAUUGGCGAGACGGGUGCAGAAGUUACCGAGGAGCCGUUCGCCGAUGAUGACAACGCUCAGAUGUCCGUCGUGACCGGAGAAAACGACUUCGCUGACGACAAGCGUGGACUGGACGGCUCGGAGAGCAAGGACGGUACGAGACCUACUAAGCUCAUAUUGAAGACCAAGGACGCCGACUCCACGCGACCCGUCCCGUCCAUCGAAGGCUCAGCAGAUGGCCAGCAGCCGAUCCGCCGUCGCGGCCCUGGACGUCCUCCCAAGGAUGGGAUCAUGUCGAAACGUGAGCGCGCCGAGUUGGCUCGAGAGCAAAAGAUGGCUGCGAAGCGCGAGGCCAAUGGCGGCGUUACGCCUCCGCCCAAUCGACCCAAGGCCGCCGGUAAGGCUCCAGUCAUGGGCGCUCCGUCUACUACUCCUAAGGAGUCCGUUGGCGCCGAGUCGCCCGGGUCGAAACCGGAGAAGCGCAAGUACACGAAGAGGAAGAAGCCGGACGGCACGUCGAUGGACUUCCCCCUGCCUUCCACGGAAGGAGGCCAAUUCCCCAUGGAGCAACGACCAGAGGACUUCAUCAAGGCUCCCCCAGUCAAGAAGCGCAAGCCGUCCCGGUCGCCAUCGCCCAACUACCCGCCCGAGUCGGCAUACACGCCGGAGGAUCUCGCAAAGCCGCCAUACAAUUAUGCGGUGCUCAUUUUCGAUGCUCUCACCGAGGCCGGUACCCCUAUGACUCUCAAGCAAAUCUACCGCGCCUUGAAACUCAAGUACCCGUAUUUCCGCUUCAAAUGCGAAACCGAGGGUUGGACGUCCAGUGUACGGCACAAUCUCAACGGCAACAGCCAUCUCUUCAUGCACGCCGAACGAGAUGGCAAGGGAUGGUCCUGGCAAUUACGACCGGGCGCCUCGGUCGAGAAGGAGAAGAAGAGACGCCCGUCGCCUCCGCCGCCGGUCUCGCAGCCUUCGAUGCCGGCUGCCACUCCGCAGUACAUGCCUCAAAUGAAUCCGCCGUAUGCCAGCCAACCCAAUGGGCAAACGGGCAUGGCCAACGCGCACUUUCAAUUCCCGUCGAUGCCGCCAUCCAAUCCGUACACUGCGCCUUCGCCAGCCCCUCCUCCUACUCCAGCGGCAGCACCACCGCCGCCUCCUCCGCAACAACAGCCUCAGCAGCAGCAGCCGCCGCCGCCGCCGCCGCAGUCGCAGCAACCAAGUCCUUUCCCUCCGCUACCUCAGGCUGCCUCCACCCCGUUCCCCAUCCCCACUCCGCUCCGAAACAACCUUCCGCCUGCUUUUGCUCAAACCACUCCGUCCACCUACACUUCCCCCUAUGCUUCCGAUCCUCCGCCGCAAUUGGUCCAAUUCCAACAAGCGCAGCAAACACAACCGCCACCGCCGCAGCAGACCAUGCCACCACAGCCAUCAUCACAGCCGCAACCGCAACAGCAUCAGCCGGUACCGCAGCCACCUCCGGCUCAACAACCGCAGCAGCAUCGGCAGCAGCAACAUCAUCAUCAUCCUCAUCAUCAACCGCCGCCACCGCUACCACAGCAACAUCAGCAGCACCACCAUCACCAGCCGCAACAGCACCAGCCACCUCCGCCACAUCAGUCUCCUUACCCGCCGCAACAUCCUCCGCCGAUGUCAAGUUACCCUCCCCAACCGCAGCAGAACCUGCCCCCUGCUUCUGGGCCUCCUCUCCAGCACCAACCCAAUCACAACGUUGCGCCCAGCGACCCUGGACCGGGAGGACCCAUGGACCAUUCCGAAGCGUUAUCGUUCAAUGAGCGGGCCAACAAAGCCAUUGAUGAUUUCGAAGCGGUGCUGAUGGAAGACUACGAGGAUAAGAACUAUAUUCGAGAGGUGCUCAAGAGUUCGCGUGCUCGUGUGCUAGGCGAGGCGACGGAGAGUUCCUUCCCCGGAGGAGAGCCGAAAGAUGAGGCGGUCAUCCUUGAUGCGUUGCGCAAUCUGAUCGGUAGCUUGAAGGAUCAAUAG